AUGUACGUAAAAAAGUCGGCCGUAUCCGCAUUUUCUGAGGGCAACGGGGCGUCUCAGCGGUUCGCGCCACGCCACGCCGCGGAAGAGGAAAUCUUAGGUAACAUCAUAUUAGAUAAGUCUUCGGAUAUAUCAAGCAAUGUGUGGUCUUCGGAUUCAUCUGGAGACCAGGCCAUUGCUCCUCCCACGCAACUUGCGGAUGCUUGUUUAAAGUGCGAGAACAAUGGCGACGUAAGAAUGUUCUCCGACGGCCGGCCUUAUGAGAAACGAACACAUCCUCCGCAAAGCCAGUGUGGAGAUGUGGCGGAGUAUCAACGGGCAAGUCACGCGUAUUUGAACACACAGCUGCUGGAACGAUGUAAUGCAACGGCAGUACCUGAGAAUUUUCCUUCAAAGAAGGAUCAAUUGACCAGGCAAAAUUCCCAGCACGCCAAAGAGUGGCAAAAGGAGAGAGCGUCCCUCAAAGAACUGGUUAUAAACCAGCAAUCAAAGAUUAUCACGCUUUUGGAGCGAAUACAUCCAACGCGUGAAAACGUGCCUGUAAGGACUCAUGACGAAGGAGUACAGACGGAAGUGUUCGGUCAGAUGGAGGAUGAGGAGAAGGUGGGGGAUGAGGAGAAAGUGGGUGAAACAUUAAUUUCGACGGAAUCCCUCUUGGAGGAAAAUCGCCGACUUGAAACCGCGAGAGUUAGACUGAUUUCGACAGUUUCAGCGCUACGCGGAGAAAACAACCGAUUGUUUACAGAGAAGGAGGAACUGAAAAGUCAAAACGGGAAUUUAGAAAUUGAAUUGCACUUAAGCCAGCAAACCAGUGCGAAGAACAUGCGGGAAUUGGAGCGCUCGCAAGAGUUGGUGCGGAAGUUGGAAGAGGACUUACGGAAGUGCAGAAGGGAAACUGAUGACCAGCAGGAAUCCAUUGACCAACUGAAAACAAAUAUAGACGCAAUGGCGAAAGCCAAUGAAGAGUUACAGAAGUCGCUAGAAAAGUCCAACUUGGCCUUGACGGAAGCCAGCGCGGAAAUGCUAGAACUUCAACAACGGUACAAGGCGAAAAUUUUACGCAUCAAAGCCAAGCACGAAUUGACCAGUUGCCAGCUACACGAAGCAAAAUCUGAACUGUCAGCACUGGAUGGGGAGUUGUCUGAGGCCAAUGCUGUUAUCGAGAGUUAUAAAGAAGAAAUUGAGAAGUUAGAGUCCAGGAACAUGAAGCUGGUCGAGGUCUCACAGGAAAUUCAGCAGUCCUGCAAGUUAUUGCAGUCCGAACGCAAGACGCUCGAGGAGCGUAUAAAUCAAUUUGAGGAAAGGUGUCCGAGGCUUGAGGAGGAGAUAGUAAAACUGAGAAGUUCGAAUGAAGAGCUCAGUGAGAAAUUCAGCGGAAGCGAAGCCGAAAUUGAUCGGCUACAGGGGCUUCUCACCGCAGCUGCCGAUGCUAAUGUCAAGGUUGAGGAUGAUAUGCAAGAGUUGGAACAGAAACUAACGGCUGAAACGCUAAGGGUGAAUGCCAGAAUGGUUGAGCUAAGUCAGUUCAAGACAAUCUGCGAUGAGGAGAUUGAACGGCGCAAACAGCUGGAAGCCGAGCUGCAAGCGCACAGGAAGGAUCUUCAAGAGUUAGAUAGCCAAGUGCAGACCAAAGAAACACAAUUACAAGAGUUAUCCACAAAACUGAAUCAGGUAAUUGCUGAACGCGAUGAUUGGAAGGACGCAUACGUACGAAAUGAGCAAAAUCUGAUAGCCAAGGCCCGUAGGCAGGAGGCUGAGUUACUACAGGCUCUCCAGGGCACAAAAGAGAUGUAUAAUCAGGAAUUAGUUGCACUAAGGGUUAGGGCGGAUGAAGUAGAAGAAAGAUUAAGAGAAAGUGAUCUGAAAAAAACUGCUGACGUAGUUUCAAAACAACAGCUCCAAAAAGAAGUCUUGAAGCUGAAAGCCAUAGUCAAACGUUUGUACGAUGACAAAAGCCGAUCCAAGGAGCAGUUUGAAAGUCGCUUGGCCAAGCUUGUGUAUGAAGCAGACGAGGAAAGAGCAAGCCUGGAACGUGAAGUGGCCCAAUUAAGGAGUCGUUGCGAAACCUCAAUGAACAUCAAUGAAUGUUUGCGUUCCCAGUUAGUAGAUGCAAAGAAAGAACUUAUAAGUUGUCAGAAUGAGAAAGCUGAAGCAGAAGGGAGUCUCGAGCGCCUGAGUAACCAACUGAAAGUUCAGAUGGCAGAGAGUCAUGUCAAAUGUAAUAAUGUCCUCCAAAUGCAAAAGGCGUGUUCAGAUCUUGACGAAGAUAAUAAAAUUAAGGAAGGUCAAUUAGAGGUGCUACACAAUGAUCUCAAGGCCAGUGAAAAGUGCCGCUUAGAGUUGAAAGCUGAGCUUCGCGAGGCACAAAGAGAAAUAACAGUGCUAAAGGCCAAAUGUACCAAGAUGUCUGCUGACUCGCCCCUGAUGGAAGACCAACUAGAUGAAUUCCAGAAUGGAAAGCAAUCUUGUUGGGACUACACUGCUGAAGGUGACAAACAGAGAGAUACUUUAGACACUUUAAUCGGACAUCUGGCAAAGGUAAAAGAGCUUCUGGUAUAA